AUGAGUCGAACUGUAUUAGACAAGCUUUUAUCGCAUUCAUUGGAAAAUUAUCAAGCUCUUUUCAAUGAACUCAGAUAUCAUAAUCAUAAUGCACAUCACUUAGGUUCACUUUAUUUAUUGGGUGUCAGCGAUGAUAAACUCGAAAAAGCUUAUGAGAUAAUGUCUGAAGGACUUGAUUCAAAUAAACCAUCUCCACAUGAAAUUGAUAUUUCCAAUUGGCGAUCAUAUUUUGGUGACGCUGAUUGUUGUCAAAGUUAUCGAGAUUUUUUCCGUGAACAACUAACAACAGCUGGCAAUGAUUGGAAGAAAAAAUUCUUUGAAUUUCUAUUAGAUAAUCCAAGUCAUCCGUUGAUUAACGGUGUUGUUGGAGGCUUAGCACAUUCACUUAUUCAUAUUGGCUAUGCAUUAGAACUAGACAGUCCGAUUGUUGGGAUCGAAGCAUUAACAAUGUCGGCUGUUUGCUGUGACUAUCUUCAUGAAAUUGUCGAUACAUUAGAGCCACCAAAAUGUCCUUCAAAAUCAGCUAUAGAAAUUUUUAAAGAUGUUCAUUUAGACGAUCAAUUUCCAAUUUAUGAUACAGCUACUAUUGACAAUCUUGAAUCAGUUAUUAAAAACUGUACCGAUCGUAUUUUAUUUUAUUAUAACCAAUGGAAUAUGAAUCGAGAAAAUAUUGAGAAAACAAUGGAAGAACUAUUUGAUUUAGCAGUUUAUAUCUACGGUGCAACACAUAAACCAAAUGAAAUUGGAUUCGAUUUUUUCUUAGCUCAUUUGUUAACUUCAAUGCAUGCUAUUCGUAUGAUACAUUUACAUGUAGAUAAUCAACAAGUAUUCGAACAUAUUAUUCUUCAAUAUUUUUACUUUGCUAUUGUUUUAUACGUGUGUCAAGUCCGACCUGAGAUCAAUGAAUAUUUUAUUGAUGAUUAUAAAGUGGACAGCGAAAAAAAGAAUUGGGAUUAUGUUCUUGAUCGACUUUUAAAUUCGAAAUUAAUGAAUGAUGCUCACGUGGUGAAAGUUAUACGAUCUUUAAAAGAAGUGGAAAAGGUUUACGGCAGCAAAAGUGAAUUUUAUUUAAAAACUGCUGUUAAAACUGUUGAUAAUUUAAAUAUGGAACGUAGAUGGAUUGGAAUAUCGGAUGAUGAACGACAAUUGAAUGUCGUCAAAAGUUCGUAA